CACACAAACACACACACUUCUCCAGCUUUUUCCCAGCCUCUUUCCUCAUUCACAGCCUGUCAAGCUUGAAUUAUUAACACUGAUCUUAUUUUUUUAGUCUGUGCUUCCUUUGUUGUUUCUCUAAGGGAGGUUUGGGAACUGGGUUUGGCCUGUCAAGCCUGCUGCCCACCCUAUUCUCCAUUGGAAUUCUGCUUAGAUUGCUCCGUCCACCUGGGCUAGCUCUCCUACCACCUAUCUUUGUUCUCCAAUGCAUUGACCAGUCGCCUGCUUCGGUUCGGCUUAUAGCUCGUUCUAGCUUAUGGGUGGAAGUAGUGGUAUGCAGGAGGAAGAUGGUCAAUGAGCCUCCUAUAUUGCAGGCAUGGGAACCAAGCUCCAAUAUAUGAUUAGUGUUUUGGCUACAUCACCAAAUAGCAGCAGAUCAACUGAGAAGCCUAUGGACGAUUGGGACUAUUUCAAGAACAAAGAAUUGAAGGUGGACUUCAAAAGGAACUGUAUUGACAAGCUUCACAACUCCAUGGAUCGAAUACUUGAACAGAAUAAUGUAGAAACGAUCAAGAAGACGAUGCUGAUGCACGAAGAUGUAUUUAAGCAUCAGGUGCAGGAGCUUCACAGGCUGUACAGUGUCCAAAAGAUGCUGAUGAAAGAACUAAAAGGUGAGAAAAAGCAGACAAGGCUUUGGAGCCCCAGAGCUGGCCUGAUUAGCCAGCACCAUCUGCCAUUGCAUACUGCUUGUGGGGAUAGUUUUUGGGUUCAAGACGAUCCAAGCUCAAGAGAGCUGAGCAGCAGCUGCUCAGGAGACACCCUGAGAAUGGCCAGGGGACUUGAUCUCAAAAGGGCUAACCAAGAAGGCGUCUCAACAGCAUUCAAUGCCAUUGAUGAAGCCCACCAGCACCCAGAAGACAACAAGAUGAGCUUGGUAGAAGAGAGUGAAGUAGAGCUCACGCUUAGCAUUGGAACUCCUACCAGCAGAAAGAAGAAACCCGAAAACCACCAGCCUAACCGCAGCCUGGAAUUAGCCUGUUCUGAAUUAACAAACAACGAAAUCCCCGAUCUUGGGUCAUCCUCCUCGUUCAAGUCUGAUAGGGGAGAGGAAUGCAGUGACCUUGCCAACGCGGCCAGCAGCUCCAGCGCAACAACAGAAGAUUAUAGGAAGCAGCCACUUUGGCUUUUCCAAGGCCUAAGCCUGAACAGAACCCAACUUUGACAAUCAUAUUUAAAUUGAUCCCACAGGUUUUUUCAUGCAUUAACAUUCAUGAUCGAGAAUUGUUGUGCUCCAUUUUAUUAACCCCACGAUUAAGACACCAUUGCUGGGCAUAUUUGGUUGUAAAUGCAUCAUCUACAGCACAUGUCUA